CGGGCCAUCCGUUCACUGUGAGGUCGACUCUGUCUGGGGCAGCGCCGCGAAAUGUUGUGAAACCAGUUUCCCCUGACGGGAAGUGGGAGGUCCUAACGGAGAAGUACACGGACGUGACACUAAUAAUAUCUUAAAUUAAUUUAACUUGUUUCGGCCAUUGUUGGUCUCAGCCAUAAAGAGACAUGGUAUCGAUCUAGCAAAGAUUAUUCAGGGACCAUAACUGACGCCAGUUAGCUAGUCGUCAUCAUGGUGUCUGCGAGAGUGCUCCAGCUGCUGGGGUUAGCUUGCCUUGCCUCUGCUGUACCUACCACAGGUGGUAAUAACAACCAUUUGGUGAUAGCCCCCCAAUCUCCGGUGCUGGAGAUCGGGACCACCUUCACGGCUACAUGCAUGAUCAUCAACACAGCUGAAAUUACAGCGGAUGACCUCUACUGGGACCUGGCUAAGACCACUAUACCCAGAGAUCACUACACGAAGGUCAACAGCUCAGCUCUGAGCGUCACCCUCACUGUCAUCAGUGAACAACGUGAAUGGUUGUACUGCCUCUGUAAGAAGGUGUCCGCCAAUGUUAUCCUGAACGGAGGCAGAUUUAUUCACGGGAUUUUACUCACUAAAGGCUAUCGUCCAGAGAAGCCUGAGAACCUCACCUGUGUAGCUCUGCAGGAGAAGAAGCACAUCUCUUCAACUGUCACCUGUCACUGGGAUGCAGUGGGACGUCAGACCCUAGAUGUUCCUACAAUAUACACUCUGUACUUCAGAGUCCUCUCCAGCGUUGCCUCCUACAACAUGACAACGAGUGGAAACAGCGCCAAAAUCUCUAUGAGUGUGUUCCCUCACUUCAUGGAGGUGGAGAUCUGGGUGGAGGCUCAUAACAAGCUGGGAACAGUGGAGACUGAGCACCUGAAGAGAGAAUCUGGAUAUGUUGUGAAGACCAACCCUCCGGGAGACGUCGAAGCCAUCUCAGAGCCGAGUUUUUCCACCUCCCUUCUUAUAAACUGGACUCGUCCUAUUGGUAAAGAAUAUGUGGCACUAACGUAUCAGAUCAGGUUCUGCAAAAAUGCAUCUCAAAGCUGGACCUAUGUACCUCUUGGGGAGACAGCCAAGGACAUACAAUCCUUCAGGAUCCAGUAUCUUCAGCCAGACACGAUGUAUGUCACUCAGGUUCGCUGUAAAAAUUCUAAAGAAGGAUACGGUCACUGGAGUGAGUGGAGUCACCGCGCUGUCAAGAGGACGCCAGAGGGCCGACCAACAGGUAAACCAGAUUUAUGGAGGGUAAUUUCUGAGGAGGGCGGCAUCGGUGAACGACGAGUGCAGUUUCUGUGUAAGGAUCCUGUGACUGCCAAUGGAAGGAUAAUCAGGUUUGACAUGAAGAUCCAAGGCCAGAGGGGAAAAGUCAUGAAUGGAAGUUUGGAGUGGGAGAGGAUUCCUGUCAACAAGUCAGAGGAAGACUACAGCUCUACCCGGACGAAUAUCACUUUCCUUAAAGAGAUUUACCUGGCUGACAGGAAGUCCAUCAUAGUGGAUGUCAUCGCCGUCAAUUCUGUGGGGAAGUCUGCUCCGGCAUCAUUAGUCGUCCCUGAACGAGCACUCGAGCGUCCCCCGGUGGAAGGGCUGAGGGUGUGGUCCGAUGGGAGACAGCUGUGGCUUGAAUGGACACCCCCAAACAGAUCAACUGUGUCAGAAUACGUGGUGGAGUGGAUCACUGGAGAUCAGGUGGACUGGCAGAGGGAGAACAGGAGUACCAGACUCACUGCCAUUAAAGGACACCUCGAGAAGUUUGUUUGCUACACCGUGUCUGUGUAUCCAAUCUACAACCGAGUGGCUGGGAAGGCAGUGAGGGUCGAGGCCUUUCUGGAGCAGGGAGCUCCUCUGGAAGGUCCUGUGUUGGAAUUGAACGGUAAACCGGGACGUAACCACGCUGAGGUAACGUGGACGGAGAUUCCCCCACACAGCCGACGAGGCUUCAUCACCAACUACACAAUCUUCUACUCCAGUGUCACAGAGAAACACAGUGUGUUAGUUCCGGGUAACAUCACCUCAUACACUCUGACCUCACUGUCAGGAAACACCAGGUACGAAAUGUGCGUCAUGGCCUCGACCAUCGCAGGCUCAGCCACAGGCAUCUGUCACGCAUUCACCACUCCCAAGUACGAGGACGGAGUGAUCGAGCUCAUCGUGGUGGGCGUCAGCCUUGGCUUUCUGUUUGUCUUUGUCAUGACGAUGCUGCUUUGUUUCUACAAAAAAGAUGUGAUCAAGAGGAACUUCUGGCCUCAGAUACCAAACCCUGGAGAGAGCACCAUUGGAAACUGGUCUCCUGAUUAUCCUUUGAAAGCAGAGACACCAAAGGAGAACUGUCUGUCAGGCAUCAGUGUGCUCGAUGUGGAUGUGUGUGAUGCAAAGUGUGUGUUUGAGGAGGAUAAGACCAGUCUUCCUCUGAAGAAGGACAAGUAUAUGUCUGAGGAGCACAGCAGCGGGAUUGGCGGCUCCUCCUGCAUGUCCUCGCCUCGCCAGAGUGUGUCCGACAGCGAUGAGGGCGGCGACAUGGCCGACACCACAGCCAGCACCGUCCAGUACUCCUCUGUGGUGGCCUUCAGUGGCUACAAAGGUCAGACCCCAAGCUCCCAACCCCAGCAGGGCAUUUUCUCCCGGUCCGAGUCCACGCAGCCCCUGCUGGACUCUGAGGAGAACCCAGACAUGCUGGUGCAGGAGCGUUACCCCCGACAGUCCUGCUUCACACACGCCACAGGGAACGAAGACAGCACCAACCAGCUAGAGGCGGAGCAGCAGGAGAUGCUGGAGCCUCUGGACUUCUGCUCCCUGGAGGAGGACUCUGAGCAGACGGCACCUACAGAUGAGCAGUCAGCUGACUGGCUGCCAGCAGCACCAGUCUCCAGCUACAUGCCUCAGCUUGGUGGCUACAGGCCACAGUAAGACCACAGAUGGACCUGAUCCUAGGGUCACCUGUGUCAGUGCUUCUGUGCCUUUGUUAAUGUGCAUUUCAAGCUUCUGAAGAAGACCAGUGCCUCUUCUACAUAUACAUAGUCAAGGAAGCUCUGGGAGAUGUAAAUACAAUGUGAAUAGGAGCUUGGAGCAAUAGUUUGCUUUGCAUUCACAUGAACAUUUACAUAUCUUUAUCGACAAUGAUGGUCAAUCAUACGUGACAAGUGUAUGUGGACGCUCUGACCGUGACACAGGUGAAGCUCAGACUGAGGAGUGCCAGGUGCUGCAGCAUGCAGCCUCUGUCUGUGCUGCAGCACCCUCUGGUGGAGGAGUCUCACCUCUGCAAGGAUUGUUACAUUGACAUUAACGUACACACAGUAUGUUUUCAGCUUCAGUAUAUGCACUGCACAUGAAUGUAACACAAGUUCACACUGACAUGUACAGGUAAUGAUGACGGCGCAUGUUCAAAUAAAAAACUUAACUGAAGGAAACAGAACAGUCAUAUGACUAAUGUUCAGUUUAAAGAUGAAUCCACUGCUUCAUCAGAUCAUCUAUAGAAGCAGGUGACUCCGCUCUGACCCAUGUUGACUGUGGAUACUAGAGAUGAAACGGCUUCACAUUAAAUCACUUAAAAAUGACACAACAUUACUGUUUAAAUUUUAAUUAUCACUCUAACUGUGGUUAAUUAAACUCACGUUAGGUACUGUCCUACGGUGGCCCUAAGAGCUCAACGCACUGCAACUUAAGAAAACACAUGCAAACAGACAAAACACAAACUUCAGAAAACAUCUUCAUCAGUUUGAAACCUCUGAAAAGUGAUGAACCUGCUGGGACGCACUGGUUGUUCAAUGCAUGGUGACCUGUGAGGUUACAAACAUUGAACAAUAAGUGCACAUGGAUCAUAUGUAUUAGAUGUAUUAUAAUACAUCCAUGCAAGUGCGUCCCAGGUCCAUCACUUUUAGUGUCCCCUGAAAACACUAACAUUGUCGUCUCUGUUUCUUGCAGCACAUUUGUGUAUUUGCUUAUGUUGUGAGUAUUUGCAGCUCAUGUUGUCAAACUGAUGAAGAUGUUUUCUGUAUUUAUUUGUGUUUUGUCUAUUUGCAUGGGUUUUCUUAAGUUGCAGUGCAUUGAGCUCUCAUGGCCACUGUACUGUAGCAUCAAUUAGGAACAGUCUCCAAGACACAUGCGCAGCAAGCAACGUGGAAUGGUUUAGUGUCAGUCAGAACAUGGAGGAGGGCAGUGACAGUUUCAGCCUUCUGACAACCUUUACACUAAAAUGAGCAGGUAAACCUCUUAAAAGCUGAUUGAUUCCUUUCACACUGUCCGAGGAAUCUGUCUUUCUGUUCAGGGAGGACACACACAACUGCAGACUGAUCGGCUAGCAGCAGUGGGAGCUGCUAGCUGAUCAGUGAUCCCACACAAUCGGUGAUUGUGUUUUUCAAACUUAUUUCAGGGCUGCAGCUCACUCUUUCAUCCCUGAGCACAGUUUAAAGUUACAGCAGGAAAAUAAUAAUAAUACAUUUGUUACUCCCUUGUUGACAGAGUGGACAUGCAGCAGGGAAACCCAGUAGUGCUCUGGUCCCUUUUUAUUAUUUUAAUGUUUCAAUGCAAACUAAAAGUGCUGCUGAUUAUUUUAUCUAUAGUUUCCAUUUGGACUUUACUUAUUGAACAUUUCCAGCACAUUUUAACAAUAACACUGAUAACCGUGAUCAUUUAGCUCACUAUCAUGAUGAUAUUAAAUUUUUAUACCGUUUCAUCUCUAGAUACCACAUUCAGAGAUGAUCCCUCCUCCAGUCUGUGUCAGAGGAAGCAUCGCUGCCACCUCCUCCUCCUCCUCCCUCUGUGUUCACACACAAUAUACUGUCAUCACUAACAGCUGUGGUCUUAGUCUCUGAUGGACCUGACAACUAUCAGCUCCAUGAUUCACAGUAAACAAAUCUCACUGAGAACAAUCAACACAUUUCUGAUUUCUGCUGCCAUCACUACAUACAGCUGUGAGUAGUUAUCACUGUGACCUGAGUCACUCUCAGAGCUGAAGGGUUCACUCAAUAUUCUUUAUAAUAAUGUGUUGAAUAUUGUGAGAGGAGCUAGUGGAGACCAGAAGAGGGGACUGAGAUUGAUCAGGUGACACAGACAUCACACACCAUCAAUCAUCAUGUGGAGAAAAAAAGCUGUUUGUUUAACGACCCAUGUGAUAAGUGACAUUUUAAUGAAGGUGGAGUGGCUGGAAACACCUGGAAGAGGUCAUGUGUCUCAUUAGCUGCAGACGACAGUGAACUGUAAAAGAUCAUCAUAUGAAUGAAAUAAAUAUGAAAUAUUAAAAUAAAUCUUUUAACUAACA